AAAUCCUUUAUUUUUCAAAACAUCAUUCACAAAGUAUCUUCAAACCUGUCACGAGGGUGGCGCAGUUUUUCAGCCCAAAGCAGUAGUUCGUCAUUCCGUGUGUUUUGUGCAGUUUUUAUUCUAAAUAAAAUGACCAAUAUUUGCUAAAUCAAUCUAUGUAACGUAUAUGGUAUAUGAGCAUAACUAUCGCGGAAUAUGGGCCUAAGAGCAGCUGUUCAAGCACUAAAGAAAGCAGAAUCAUUAAAGAAUAAGGUUCAACAUUGCAAGGAUCUCUUGAAUGACAAUGAUGCAUGGGUAUGCCAGCAACAACUACAAAAAAUUUACCAACAGGUUCUUAUUUUGGAUCUUGAAUAUGCUUUGGAUCGAAAGGUUGAACAAGAAUUAUGGAAUCUUGGAUUUAAAAAUUACAUAGCAACACUUCAAUCUCAAGCAAAGGAUCGAAAAAAUCCUAAACGCAACGAGUCUCAAGCUAUGUUGAGUUGGUGUCUUGAGGCAGCUAGUGGUUUUUAUUUAACUUUAUUGCAAGAAAUAUGCACAGCAUUUGAUCUAGAUUUGCCAUUUCGAAGGAAAGGUUAUGUCUAUGGUUGUACAUCGCCAUGGAAAGCUGUUGAAAAUUUAUCGACACCCCAUAAGUCUUCUUGCUUCUAUGCAUGUCAAUACUGCCUUGUUCAUUUGGGAGAUAUAGCCCGAUACAGAAACCAAAACAAGCAAGCAGAAUUGUUUUAUAGACAUGCAGUUUCUUUAUCACCAUCGAGCGGCCAACCCUACAAUCAAUUAGCUCUCCUAGAAGCUUCUCGGGGGGACAAAUUGGGGACAGUUUUUCAUUAUGCACGAUCUGUUGCUGUAAAGCAUCCUUUUCCGGUUGCGACGGCUAAUCUCGCCAAAACAUUGUCUUCAGCUUUGAAUGACAACUCAUUCAGUGUCGAUAGAAAAACGAAACUGACUUCACAAGAAUACGUUGCAGUGUUUUUAAAAUUCCAUGGAAUUCUUCAUAAUAUUGGUGACUUAAACGUUGCCGUAACAUAUGUCAAAUUAUUGACAGAAACACUUACUGCUCUCGUCGCUACAGAGAGUUUUAAUUCAUGGAGGCUCAUACAAAUGUUGGCCAUUAACUUAUAUGCCUUCCAACAUGUGGCAGGAAGUACUAUCGAUGGUACAGACCUACUUACUAUUGAGCAAUUGAGUUCCGACGAAAGAAUUGCCAGAGACUGUAUGUUAGAUCUCAUUGCUGGAAGUUUAUCUGCCCUGUUGUUACCCGUUUAUACGAUUAAAAGUACUGUUAUAGAUUACUUUGCUUUACCAGCAAUUAAACUGUGCCUUGACUGGAUUAGCCUCAAGCCUAUGGUCUUGAAAGAAACAGCAUUUACGUCAAGACUUCAAAUUUGGCCAAGUCUUUGUGUUCUUCUGAACGGUUUACAGUCUUGCAUAGUCGACUUCAAAGAUAAUCAAUAUGAGAAAGUCCCACUUCCAGAAGACCGAGAUCUUCAAGGUUUUCUACCAUUACAAAAAGCAUUUGAAUCGCUUCGGUUUACAAAUACUGUUCUCGAGGGUGAUACCAUUGCAUUAAAUAAGCUUCGUGCGGUUCGUAUACUACAUCUUGGACACCAACUGGCCCAAUACUCUGUUAAUGGCACUACUUUGAUAACAAUUGUCACUCUUGGAGAUAUUGGAAAGGAACAACGAUUUGCCUCGCUUAUCGAAGGGGCAGAACCAAGUAAUGAAUUAAUGAAAGAGUUGGAAGAGUUAAGUUUAAAUAAAGAACGUGGAUUGCUCGUAAGCACCAGUCCGGUGCCUUCCGAAUCGACCAGUAGUAAAGGAUCCUGGGAAGCUGACAUACCUGAAAAUAGUUUGGAAAAGAGAGUUGGAAUUUUAAAGCCACAAGGUUCUUUAGAGCGUAGUCGCGAUUCAGUCACAUGUGAAGCAAUGGAAGGCAGUAACCUGGAAGUGAAUUCAACCUUGCAAAUUCGUAAACCAAGACAAAAUAUUGCAAUGCAGGCUAUAAUGCGUCGUGCGGAAACCGAGCAAAAGCAAGUUACAUUCAAAAAUGUUUCUCCUGUGAUGAUGGAUGAGAACAUAAAUAAGCAAAAAUUAGUUUCCACAUCUCCGACGAGGACAGGAGUACGUGAAGGGCGUACAAAAUUUCAGAGCGGUGGUUUAUCCUCGCCUGUAUUAAAUGGUGCAUCUACCAUGAAUCUCCCGAUAGGCGUACAAGUUCGACCUUCCUUAAUGCAAAACCAAUCAAGUAUUCUGCAAGCUCAAACAAUACCAAUGCACCAGAAUCAGUCGAUUUCAGUGAAGUUGCCCAUUAAUAUACCUCAACCAUCCCAAAUAACUCAAUUUGCUGUAACGACAACGGCGUCCGUAUGUGAGCAACAGCGCCCUGAGGUAACGCAAUUUGGACAACAGGGACAGCAAGGUUUAGUCCAGGCUUCAUAUCAGCCCCAGACAUUUAAUGUACAGAACCCACAGUUCAGCAAGAACUUUAUGAAUACUCGUGUACCGAGUAUAACAGCACUAUAUUCCAUGCCUGUCAGUAGUUCACAAAACGUGGGGCUGCAACCGAACAUAUUGCAGAAUAUGCAACAAAGUUUACAGCAGAAUAUUCAACAAAAUCUUAAUCCAGCAAAAUCGUUGCAUCAAAGAAUGAAUCCAAGCAUUUCACAAAGCUCUGUACUACACCAGGGAAUUAGAUUGAGUCCAUCUAGUCAAAUUGUAUCAGGGAUAUCACAAACUAUUGGAACACAGCAGAAACCACCUGCGCCUUUGCAACAACCACAAAACGUCGAAACACACACACAUCAGAUGCAAGGUGUAAUGCAAAAUAACACUAUCAGAUCAAAUGGUGUGACCGUGCAAAGUCAAUUUCCAAAUACUUCGGCACCACCAAAUAGCGCAAACAACAUGACGAACUUGCCCAAUUAUCAGAAGAGUUUCCAACAAGUUUCUACGAGCAAUGUUCCCAAUAGAUCCAUGAGUCCUACUAACAUGUCGAACUUCCAAUUUAAUUUCAGCACGAAUUUUGGACAAAAUACUUAUGGCCCUAUCUAUCAAAAGCAAAUAUCGCCAAUUGCAUAUGACAAGAGUUCAAGCCAAUUUAGUUUUCCAACGCAAGGUGGACCAAGCAAAGCUCAGCAGACUACAAGCAACACUUAUCCCAUGUUUCGUAAUUAUGAAACUAAAGAUUUCAAUCUGUGGAAGGAUACUCAACCGCCACAACCACCUGUUGCGUGGUGGGGCUCGACGAGUGCAACACAAAUGCAUAGCAAGGAUACAAUUGGCGUGGACUCUUUUCAGAAUUGGGGAACUUCAUUAGCUCCUAGUAAUAUGAGUGGUAAAGUACCUUUAAUACCUGGAAACAACUAUCAACAAAAUCCAUUGCAGAACAGACAGUGUACAGGGAGUACCUUCGACCAUACUAGAUCUUUCGAAUUGGACCAAAAGCAGCCACAGUCUCCCGGAACAGGCAAUACUUAUUCGUUGUUUAGUGGUAACAGCUGGAGUUCAACUUCACAAGCAUCAAACCCAUCAAAGGAGGAACAAGCAAAGAGAAGACUUAGUCAACAAUCAUUGUGGUCAGGUCCUGGACCUUCUCCACUUGAGCGUCUUCUAGAACAACAGAAAUCACUGCGCGAAGGGGGAACUUGAAACACAAUACAAUAGAUGUUGACAAGACAACAUGAGGAAAAUUAUGUUUGAGAAUAUGUGGACCCUUUGGCACCUACGCAAGCCCAGAGCGACAGUUAAUCAGGCACUGAAAAAAAUAUUAAUAUACGCGCUCAGAAAUACAGGAAAAGAAAGAGAAAAAGAUCGUACAGUUACGUAUUGUAUCUUGCCGUUUUGGAAUUUGAAAAAGAAAGCUAGAAUUGAUACAUGAAAGUUCAUUCGAUGAAUAGAAACAACGUAUCAUUGUUAACUGAGCUGAUCUGUAGAAAUACAUUUUGUAAGGACUUCGGUAGUUUUAGCAAAAUGUACGUACAUUUGCACAUAUACAUUAUGUGCGUAUAAAAUUUGCUAUACCCCUGCUGCGAAAAUUUACUCGGAAGUACAAGUUGCGAAUAAUACUUCGAAAUUUUCAAAGCGGUAUAGAAUUCAUUUAAACAUCGCAUUAAUAAACACACAAAUAAGGGAAGAAAAAUGUAGGAAUAGAUUUUGUCCAAAGUGCUAUUACCCUUUAAUGGUAAAUUUAAAGAAGAAACCAAACGAGAGCAAACUUAUAAUACUACUGAUGACAUAAAGUAGAGGAGUUUCUACUAAAGCUAAAUCAACAGGUUUACUAGUAUUGUAUAAAAGUUGAAGAGGUUAAGAGGGCAAAUGACUUCAUAAGGUGAGAACGAAAUUUUUCAUGAAACAAAAACUGUCGUUGAAAUGCUUCAAAUACGCGAUUGUCAUUCAUGAUUCAUUACACUUUAGCAAGUUUGGUUUGUGUAGCAAAACUUUUUUACUCGUUCAUGGUUGCUGCACUGUUUAUUUUGUUGAUCUUGUGUCGACCAUUCUAGAUGCUGAUAACUGUAUUUUACAAAAUUGAAAAAAUAUGUAAGAUAAAAUUACAAUCAAAUAGAUGUUUGAACUUUUAUUUACUUCAAAACUGUGUUCAUAACAUAACUAUGAAACAACUAUGUGCUUUAUGAUUAUUUUGAAGGAAUUGUAAAGAACGGCUGAAAAUCCUCUACUAAAUGUCUUUGCUCAUAACUGAUUCGCUUUAAAUUUUAACUCACAACCAUACGAUUUUGCUUGAAUUUUGUUAAAUCUAAAUCAAAUAUUGUGCUCUACAAAAUAACAUGAAUAACUAAAUUUUUUAACAGAAUGAUUAAAACAUUUGGAGACUGAUUACAUAUUUCUCUAAAAGUA